AUGUCGACUCAAGCAGGCAAUCCUAACAUGGAAUUAUUAAUUCCUAUGAUCAAUCAACUUCAACACAUAUUUACGGCAGCUAAUGCAAAAUUAACAUUAACAUUGCCACAGAUAGCAGUAGUCGGUUCGCAAUCAGCUGGAAAAAGUUCAGUACUGGAAAAUAUUGUCGGCCGAGAUUUUCUUCCUCGUGGUGGAAAUAUGGUUACUAAACGACCUCUUGUUCUUCAAUUGAUUAAUUUACAAGGUCAAGAAUAUGCUGUAUUUGGACAUAAACCACAACAAAGAUUUGUGAACUACGUUGAUGUUCGUGCUGAAAUAGAAAAUGAUACAAAAUCAGUUGUACGCGACGAUAUGGGUGUCUCUAAUAUACCCAUUAAUUUAACGAUUUAUUCACCACACGUCGUCAAUCUUACUCUGGUUGAUUUACCUGGCAUGGUUAAAGUACCAUCUCAAGGACAACCACCUGAUAUUGUCAAAAAAAUCGAUGAUAUUAUCAUUAAUUAUAUAAGCAAUGAAAAUUGUCUUAUUCUAGCUGUUACACCAGCUAAUAUUGAUAUUGUUACAUCAGAUGCUCUAGUUAUGGCACGUAGUCAAGAUCCCAUGGGUAAACGUACAAUUGGUGUAUUAACAAAACUUGACAUGAUGGGUAAAGGUCAUAAUGCUCGCGAAGUACUUUUAAAUAAACUUGUCGUACUUGAACGGGGAUUUAUCGGUGUCGUACUUCGUGGUCAACGUCUCGAUGAACAUGGUCGAGCAUCGAAAGAAUUAGAUAUUGCCGGUGCACUUGAAUUUGAACGUCAAUUCUUCCAGAAUGAAUCUGCUUAUCGUGACAUUGCUGAUCGAAUGGGUGUUCCAUAUUUGCAACGUUCACUUAGUUUACAAUUAACUGAACAUAUUCUUAAAUGUUUACCCGAGUUAAAACGAGAUUUGCAAGGUCGAUUUCGUGAUUUGUCAAAAGAAGUUGCUGAGUAUCGUGCAUCAGCUAUGUAUGAAAGUUCAACAACAUCCGAUACGAAAGCACUUGUUGGAUUAACACAUGAAUUACGUGAAGACUUUGAUACGGCAUUACAAGGUAACAAUUUAAAAGAAGCCGAUCUAAAAACACUCACAGGUGGUGCACGUAUUGCAAAUAUAUUUCGCGAACGUUUUCCAUUUGAAUUAGUUAAAGUUGAAUUACAAGAUAAAGAUAUGCGUAAUCAAACAGUAGUUGCAAUAAAAAACAUUCGUGGUUUUCGAUCUGGUCUUUUUACACCAGAUGAAGCAUUUGAAUAUAUUGUUCAAAUGCAAAUAUCGAAAUUUGAGGAUCCGAUUAUGAAAUGUGUCGAUAUGGUUGCAUCAGAGCUAGGCGGUAUUGUGCAUGAAGCAACUAGUAAAAUGAAACGUUAUCCUUUAUUACGACAAGCAGCAGAAGAAUUGCUUAUACAAUAUCUUAAAGAAAGAGAAAUCGCAGCAAAACAAGCAUGUUCCGCUUAUAUACAGACUCAAUUAGCGUAUAUUAAUACAAAUAAUGAAGAUUUUAUUGGGUUCGCAAGUGCGGAAAAAUCUGUCAAUUCCGGUGAAACCAAACGACAUGUCACAAAUCAGAUUAUUCGUAAAGGUUAUCUUCGUGUUCAUACUGGCGUCAAGUUAUUUCAAGCAAAAGAUUUUUUCUUUGUUUUAUCAACUGACAAUUUAUCAUGGUUUACUGAUGCAGAUGAAAAAGAUAAAAAAUAUAUGUUACCAUUAGAAAAUCUUAAAAUUCGUGAUGUCGAAGGUGGCUUUAUGGCGAAACGACCACAAUUUGCAAUAUUUAAUACUGAAGGAAAAAAUGUUUAUAAAGAACAUAAAGUACUCGAAUUAUCAGUUGAUAAUGCGGAAGAACUUGAUACAUGGAAGGCAUCAUUCUUACGUGCUGGCGUUUAUCCUGAACGUGAACAACGACAAGAGGAUUCAACAUCAGCGGCUGAAGUUGGCCCUGUCGAUCCUCAUAUGGAACGACAAGUUGAAACUAUCAACAAAUUAGUUUCAUCAUAUAUGCAAAUAGUCGCUAAAAUGACACGUGAUUAUAUUCCCAAGGCAAUUAUGUAUAAUAUUGUUCAAAAUGUGCAAAAAUUCGUAGCAAAAGAAUUAUUAGCGCAUCUGUAUGCACUUCCGGAUCCAAAAUCAUUAUUACAAGAAUCUGAAGAAGAACGACUACGUCGAGAAGCUAAAAUAGCGGAAUAUGAAGCUAUUAAAAAUGCUUUAAGCAUCAUCGAAAAUUUUCAUAUAAACGCUCGAAAAAUUGAUGGAUCUGUUAUGCCAGUAUCGGUCUUAGCUGCUGGUAUGUCUAAUGCAUCACCCAAUCAUUCGAUGAACAGUAUUAGUUUUGCACCAACAUCGAACUAUCCAUCGAAUUCACUUGAUACAACGUCCUAUUAUCAACAACAAACGCUUGGAGGUCGUCCCUCAAGCCCAAAUACGCUGCGGAAACCACCAGCACCCAUGUUUCCAAAUCCUAAUGUAAUUGGGUCACGAGACCCGCCACCACCACCAUUACGACCGAAUCCAGUGGCUAUUCAAACUGGUGGAAACUUCCCGAACUUUCCUGCACAAAUGAUCAAUCAACCAAUGAUGAAUCCACAAGGUAGAGCGAGUCCUCAACUAGCAAACUUUACAUCGCCUUUAACACCAAUACGCCCAACACCAAUUAUUCCGCCACGGCCAGCAGAACGACCACCGGUCCCACAACGGAAUUAA